GGGCAGGAGCCUGGAGCCUGCGGGCACACACAGCGCCCUCCUGCACCUCCUGGCUGUGUGCUCCCAGGGAGCGUUCCCUGGGCUGCGGGCUGGGGCCAGGCAGGCUGGAGCAGCCCUGGGCUCUCCAUCGCCCUGCCGAGAUAAGGAGGCACAGCCUGCGCCUGCGUAUCGCUCGCCCUCCUCCCCGGGGCGAAGGCCACCAUGUGUGAGUGAGCAGAGCCAGGGCCCCCAGCCCACCCCCUGUGCCACCUGUCCCAGGCCGUGCUGCUCUCACACGCUUAUAUGGGCAUGGCAGCAUGGCAGCCUCUGACGCGGCGCUGCUAAAAACAGCCUGGGCUGGCGCCGGCUCUGCCGUGAGCGAUGUCCUCUGGCCGCAGCCGCCCGCAGCGCCCCUGACCGCAGCGCUCCUGCCCGCAGCGCCGCCUUGGACUCCCUGCGGGGGAAGCUGCCCUGGAAGCCCCUCCGGGAGGCCCUGCUCCUGAGCCUAUGCCCCAGGAAAAGCUAGGGAUGAGCAGCUCCCUGAGCUACAAGUCCCUCUCCAAAGAGCAGCAGACCAUGGACAACCUGGAGAAGCAGCUGAUCUGCCCCAUCUGCCUGGAGAUGUUCACCAAGCCUGUGGUCAUCCUGCCCUGCCAGCACAACCUCUGCCGCAAGUGUGCCAGCGACAUCUUCCAGGCCUCCAACCCCUACCUGCCGACCAGGGGUGGCACAACCAUGGCAUCGGGAGGCCGCUUUCGCUGCCCCUCCUGCCGGCACGAAGUGGUGCUUGACCGGCACGGCGUCUACGGGCUGCAGAGGAACCUGCUGGUGGAGAACAUCAUUGACAUCUACAAGCAGGAGUCCACGAGACCUGAGAAGAAGUGUGACCAGCUGAUGUGUGAGGAGCACGAGGACGAGAGGAUCAAUAUCUACUGCCUGAACUGUGAAAUGCCCACCUGCUCCUUGUGCAAGGUCUUUGGUGCCCACAAGGACUGCCAGGUUGCUCCCCUCACAAACGUCUACCAGCAGCAGAAGUCCGAGCUGAGCGAUGGCAUCGCGGUCCUGGUGGGCAGCAACGACAGAAUGCAGGGCAUCGUCGCGCAGCUGGAGGAGACCUGCAAGACAGUGGAGGAGUGCUGCAGACGACAGAAGGAGCAGCUGUGUGAAAAAUUUGAUUAUCUCUACUCUGUGCUGGAAGAAAGGAAAAAUGAGAUGGCACAAAUCAUCACCAGGAGCCAGGAGGAGAAACUGGAGCACGUCCGCUCCCUGAUGAAGAAGUAUGGGGAUCACUUGGAAGCUGUGUCCAAGCUGGUGGAGUCAGGAAUCCAGUUCAUGGAAGAACCAGAAAUGGCUGUGUUCCUGCAGAAUGCCAAAACACUGCUGCAAAAGAUCACUGAAGCCUCUAAAGGAUUCCGGAUGGAGAAAAUAGAGGAUGGGUAUGAAAACAUGAACCAGUUCACAGUGAACCUCAGCAGAGAAGAGAAGAUCAUCCGGGAGAUCGACUUUGACAGAGAGUCAUCAGGAGAUGAAGAAGAGGAAGAAGUGGAGGAAGAAGGGGCUGAGAGAGCAUCACAGCCACCCCAGCAGGACCUCGAACCUCAGAGCGUGGUGGGAGAGCCCCAGGCUGACCCAGCUCCAGCGCCACUGCCCGCUGCCCCAGCUGGUCAGGAAGAGGUUGUGACACCGAGUGGCUCUCAACAGACCCCGGAGUCUGACACUCCAGUGCUGGCCACAGCAGAGCCCCUGGAUCCCCUCUUUUACCCUAGCUGGUACAAGGCUCAGCCGCGGCAGCCAGGCAGCCCCAGCGGCACCCCGGCGAGCGGGCUGGGCACAGCAGCGCCUCCUGCUGCCCUGCAGACUGGUGCCAAGAAGGCAGAAGCUCCAGCAGCAGCCGAGGAGAGCGCAGUGGGCAGCGGCAAGGAGGGUAAGGCCUCCGCCACCUCCAAGCCUGGUUCUGAAGCAUCUCCGCAAGGCCAGGCGGAGGAGCGCGCCGGCAGCGGCGAGGAGCCAGCUCGCCAUGUCUUCUCCUUCUCCUGGUUGAACUCCCUGAAUGAAUGAUGACUCACUCUGGCUGCCUUCUGCCUGCUGCUCCGUGCAGGGUCCACCGGGGCAGGCAGCCUGGCUGCACUCAGCAAAGGACCUGGACUGGAAAGGGACAUCUGAGCAGGUUUCAUUCCCAGGAACUCAGCUGACCUCCACCUCAUACCCAGCCCUUGAGAUGCCAGUCCUGAGAGGGGUGGGAGCAUGGGGACAAAGGACUGUAUUGUAGCCAGAGUGUUUGCCAGGAAUUUCUUGUUUCCAAGGGAAAAAUAGCAUCACUACAGCUGUGGGCUGAGCACUGUUAGUGUUUGUUACUCACUUUUUGGGCACGUCCCCGUGUAGGUGUAAAUGCUUCACCCGUGUUGGUAAAGUGCUGCUGUGAUACUCACUGGUAGCAUCCUUUGUCACAAGAGAGUUUCUCCUCGGUGCCCUCUCGUCGCUGCUGGUGGCCUCAGUGACACCAGCAUGCUCUUUGCACCCCCAACGUUGAGGUUGUCUCUCAGCACCUCCCUGCAGUCACUUGUCCCCAGGGUAUCGGUGCCUCCCCAGCUGCCCAAAUCACCUUUGUAUCUGAAAAGAAGCUCUGCCAGGCGCACUGAAGUGACACUCUGCAGGCUCUGUCACUGAGGGCAGGGUGGCAGCACCCAGUGGUGCCCAAGAGAGAUCUCAGGUUGCUGGGAGUGGUGGUGUCGAGGGGAGCAGGCAGCAAGCUCUGCGCUAGAGCUAAGCAGGGCUCUGUCCAGGAGCUCCUAGCCCUAUCCACACCCUGUUGGCGGGGGACUGUAGGGCUGCACUGGGCCGCAGCAGGACUGGUGAGCAGGCAGCACCUGGUCAGGAGACUGUAAAGGGUCAGGCUCAAUCCUGGCCACACUUCCCCACAGGGCUGAGUCACAACAGCCCUCAUUCAGAUUUCAUUCCUCUGGAAAAAUCCU